GACCCUCUCCUUACUCAAGAUGGCGGCUUCCCCCUCCACGCGCUAUUAAGGGAAGCCAACGAGAGCGAUGCACCUUUAAACUCGUGGUCGAGAUUGCACACUCGUUUCCGUAGCACCGCUUUGUCGUCGUCGUUGUCGUUCUUGUUGCGUUUAGUUUGUUGUUUGUCCUUUCCGCCCCGCGGCCGGCGUCGCGCACCUUCCUGCUGAGCACCGUUUGACCUCGCGGGGUCAAAUGUAUACUCGCGGGGUCAAAUGUUCACCGAGUCCCCUCCCACCGUCACCCACACGUGGAGCUCGCAUGGCCGAGGCGGAGGAGGCUGAGUCCAGAGAGAGCGGCCCGGUUGGUGACGAUGGGGUUGAUGGUGACGACGUUGGGGUUGAUGGUGACGACGAUGGGGACGACGAUGGGGUUGGUGGGGCAGGGCAGCCCUCUGCGAGGCCCGUGGUGCCCGGAGUCAUCUACCUGAGCCGCAUCCCGCCCCGCCUGCGCGUCAAACACGUGCGCCAGCUGCUGAGCCGUCACGGCGAGCUGGGGAGAAUAUUCCUGCAGCCAGAGGACAAACACAGGAGGAAGGCGCGGAAGAAGAUCUCGCGCUCCAACGCACGCAGCUACACGGAGGGCUGGGUGGAGUUCGUGGACAAGAGAAAAGCCAAGCUCGCGGCCAUCAUGCUUAACAACAACCGCAUCACGACGCGCAAGCGCAGCCGCUUCUACGACGACCUGUGGAGCCUUAAGUAUCUGCACCGCUUCCGUUGGGCGCACCUGAGCGAGCGGCUGGCAUACGAGCGCACGGUGCGCAACCAGCGGCUGCGCACGGAGAUCGCGCAGGCCAAGAAGGAGACGGGCUUCUAUGUCGCCAACGUGGAGCGCAGCGCCACGCUCGGGCGCCUAGCCGAGCGACGCAAGAAGCAGGCCGCCACCGCCGCCGCUCGAGACGGUGGGGCAACCGAGGGGCAGGCCGCGGGGGAGGCUGAGGAGGAACCCAUGUGGGGCUUCCGGCAGCGCAGGACGGAGGGGGAGAUCCAGGAGCAGAAGAAAAAGAGGGCGGCCGUGGCUGCGACGGCCUCCUCCAAGAAGGUCCAACGCUCCAAGCAGAAAGCGAGCAGAAUCGCGCAGGAGAGCAAGUCCAACCGCGAGCUUCUCGCCAAGAUCUUUCAGGGCUCGGCCGAUGGGCAGAGCUGAGCCCAUGGCUGAAAAGCAGAACUCUUCGUUUAAGUUGUGUGUUUUCAAUUUGCCAGUUACAUUUUCGAAUAAAUGAGCAUUUUAGUACAAUGUGUGAACCCAUUGUUUCGUCGCUGUCUCAUUUGAAAUAUCGUCAUUCACACCUACGCCAUAACGUUAGUUUUCUUUUGUCUGCCGUAUUAUUCUACCUGUUAAUUCCCUCUAAAAGGAUAAAAGAAACAACGUAGAUCGUAUGAAACAACUUUUGUAUCAACCAGUAAAAAUGUACUAUUGGAAAUGAACUUAACUGAUUAGGCCGCACAGUUGGGCUCAAAAUUAUUGUUGGAGGGAUACGACUGGAAAAUGCAAUAGAACGUCCUGUGCCAUGGUGAGUACAAGGUGUUAGUAUACUUACGUUAAACCUGGUUGUCGUAAUUCAUCACCAGUAUACACUCCAAUUCGGUGACCUUUAAAAUCUGUCCUGUGUCGGGCACUUAAGGAACAACUCAUUAAAAAUUCUUGCCAGCGUGGAACUUUUCCCCCUCCCCCCGUCUCUGGGGUAAGCCCCUCAACCCUAACCUUAAUGGGACCAUAAUACGGGGCAGUGAUGUGGGCCAUUUGUUUGUGAGAAUUUUGCAGUUUGAAUCUGACGACCCGCCCUGCUUAAUAUAGCAGGUGUUCUAGAUUUGAAGUUUUCGUGACUGCAAGGAUUCAUACUCUAAAUUUAGUUGUUUUUCAUUUAUUUUAUAUUUUUUUACCUACGUGACUUUACCGAAAAAAACAGAGUAUUGCAGGUGUAUUCACCAUGCACUACAUAGUGGACGUGAAUGAAUCUGGCGGUGAUGUCAUUCGAACAAUUGGACUACUGCGCCUGCGUCAUGGUGCAAAUUUGCCAAGAAUGUUCUCGUUUGUAAUUUGGGUUCUGAAAAAUCCCACGCUGUAGACAACUUCUUGAGAAAUAUGUCACAAAGUCUUUAUCGACCACUUUACAGUGAUCGACUGCGUAUUGAUAAUUUAGCUGCAGACUUUACCAAGAAAACGUAUCGCCGUGACACAUUAGUCUUGUAAAAAAAAAACCUCGCUUUAAUCAAUUUUUUUUAUUAAAUUUCUAUAUUUGAGAUAUUUACUAUCUGUCCCAAUUAUAUAGAUACGCAUGAUGUGACGGCUGUUAAUCUAAAUACGAUUCUGUGCUUUUCAAGCUAGUACUGUAUAGCUGGCAGGUGUAAAAGCCAUUGAUGUACAUUGAUCCGACUGGCGUAGCACAGAGUUGAUGGGCCGCUUGGCUUGUAAAAACCGCGUGCAUACAAAAUUGCAAGUUUAAAAAAAUAAUUAAAUAUAUUUGCCCCCUUU